AUGGCACCAAAUUUAAAAGACGUGGUGCUUUCCAACUCGGAAGAUCCGGUGAAACCAGUAGAAUACAGAGGAAGACCUGUGGACCCACCCAAGCCUAAAGUUAUAAAUAACCAACCUAGCCAGCCUCAGUACGAAUGGGAAAUAGUAUGGAGAAAUGUUAUUUUAUUCCUGUAUUUGCAUCCCUUUGCAAUAUACGGGUUGUAUUUAUUGGUUAUAGCGUGUAAAAUUAAAACAAUAUGUUGGGUUCUAGCUCUAGUAUUUCUCGCUGGACAGGGUAUAACUUCGGGAGCACAUAGGUUAUGGUCUCACAGAGCAUACAAAGCGCGUCUACCUUUACGAAUAUUUCUUUGUAUUCUGCAAACCAUGUCCGUUCAAACUCCCAUAUACGAUUGGGCGAGAGACCACAGGGUGCACCACAAGUUUACCGACACAGACGCUGACCCACAUAACGCCAAAAGAGGAUUCUUUUUCUCCCACAUGGGCUGGUUGAUGAUAAAAAAGCACAAGGAUGUUUCCACGAAAGGAAAAACUAUCGACUUGAGCGAUUUGGAGGCAGACCCAGUCGUUAUGUUCCAAAAAAAGUAUUACUUGAUUUUGAUGCCCAUUGCCUUUCUGAUACCAACAGCCGUUCCAUGGUAUUUCUGGGGUGAAACGUUGUGGAAUUCAUGGCAUGCUGCAGGAAUUUUUCGCUAUACACUUCUAAUAAAUGGAACAUGGUCGGUGAAUAGUGUCGCUCACAUUUGGGGAAUGAGACCUUAUGAUAAGAACAUAAAACCGACCGAAAACUACUUUGUAGCUUUUAUGACUUUUGGAGAAGGUUGGCACAACUACCACCACGCUUUUCCUUGGGACUACAAAGCGGCGGAACUGGGAAACUACGGACUCAACUGGUCCACAGGCUUCAUAGAUCUAAUGGCUAAAAUAGGAUGGGCUUACGACCUAAAAACGGCUUCCCUCGAUAUCAUAAAAAGAAGAAUCAAGAGGAGUGGGGAUGGGACCAUCAAAGUUAAAGAAGAUGUCGAUGCUCAUGGUCAUGAGCAUGGGGAUAGUAUAUGGGGAUGGGGGGAUGAAGAUAUGAAGGAGGAAGAUAAGGAAGAUCUUAGGGUUUUCAACAAGUUAAACACUGCGUAAAAACUAUAUUUAAUUUCAGUCAAAUUAUAUUUAGCUUUAAAAGUUGCAUGUUCCUAAUUUUUUUAAUUAUUGCUUUUUUCCUUUGUUAAAAUAUAUAAACAUCUGUAGAUAUGAUAUUUGUAUUCUAUUUAUUUAUUUCAUACUCAUGAAUUCCUUCUAGUAGAGGAAUAUGGAGCAAACAUAUUCUCUAAAGUGGAUGAAAAUAAUGGAGUUAAGCAAAUUCCAUUGAUUGAAGAAACUCUAUCUUCAAGUGAAAAGUGCUAUGCUAAAAUAUAUGCGCCGCGUCUGGUUGUUUAAAAUUAGCAGCUGACUUCAAGGAAGAUUCAGCUGCUCUUACCAAAUACUGACUUUAAAGCAGAUUUAGCCAUUUAACAUGUUGUUAUUUUGUUAACAUGGAAAGAAUUAGAGACAGAUAUAUUCAAAUUAUUUUACCCAACUUUGCGAUUGACUUAAUCCUUUAGCAUGUUUGCCUUCCUGUGAUUUACUGCUUUUCUGGCUACUGUUUAGUUUAAUUGACCUUGUAGAUUUUUAUACAAAAAAAACCCAACCCAUACAUAUAUU